AUGGUUGUCAUGAUGAACCUAAGGCAGAUAAUCAGAGGGCGAACGGGCCAAUAUACUAUCACUAAGCAACUUCACGAGAGUGUCUGGCUUGCAAAAAACCAAGAAAAUGACAGUGUCAUCGUCAAAUGUGCCAACCAUUUUCGUAUUCAUAACGAAAGAGACGUCCUACUGCGGUUUCAGCACAAAACUCCGAUUUUACGGCCCCUACUAGAUGAAAUUCAAGACCCUGCUUCUCUACCGGCGAUCGUCCUGAGAUAUCUAGAGGGUGAUAUCUUACAUGCAUCUAAUAGAAAACGUCUCGCCCGUGCAGAAGUGAAGUACAUCGCUCGACACAUCAAGCCAAGCAAUGUGUUAGUCAAUUAUGGAAUAGGUGAACCCAGGUUCAAAGAGGUCCAAUUAGCAGACUUCGGAAGCACAGCGCACUUGGAUUCUGCUCAUGCUCGUGAUGGAGACUCCAUCCUUAUAAGUCUACUCUACGGGGAGGGCUUCCACAUUUUCAAACCUGAUGUCCCUGUUGAUCACGAAGAUUACGAUCUGAAGAUCCUCAUGAAGCAUCAUCAGUGUUUCGGACCGUUUCCCGCUUCGUACGAUGAAAUAGCAAACCUAGAACGACGAGCAGUUCUCAUUUGGGUUAUGCAAAAUUGUCAUCCGAACACUAUGAGGCCUUUCCGUCUCACGACCUCACAAGAGAUAUGCAAUGAAGAAAAGGAGUCUGUGCUUAAGGUCAUGAAAUUUGACCCCAGAGAUCGGCAUUCUGCUAAGGAACUAUUAGAAGAUAGCUGGUUUGUUUCGGGCGAAUGA